AUGGGGCCUGGAAGCAGCAUGGGGUUGGCUGUUUUCUGUUGUGUUUUUGGGAAGGCAGUUGCCUACAACCCCUGGGGCUUCCCUAGAGGGGAGGCAGAGCUAUGGAAGCAUGAAGGGGAUUUUUCCUCAGGGCAGCCCUAUGCCUUCUCCCAGCCCUCUCCCUGGGCAUGGGUGGAUGUCUCCCAGCUCCAGGCUGCUGUCCCACUGCACCCUGUGGCUGUGCAGUGCCAGGAGGCACAGGUGGUGGUCACGGUGCACAGGGACCUCUUUGGCAUGGGACGCCUGGUCAAGGCUGCAGAGCUGACCCUGGGCUCAUCUGCCUGCCUGCCUGUAGUCUGGAGCACUGCUGAGACCAUAGUGACCUUCAUGGCUGGACUGCAUGAGUGUGGCAGCACCCUCAGGGUGACCCCCAAUGCUCUAGUCUACAGCACGAGCUUAAAUUACAACCCAGUUCCUACUGGCAACUCUGUCAUCAUCCGCAAUGGCCCUGCUGUAGUUCCUGUUGAGUGCCACUACCCAAGGAGGGACAAUGUGAGCAGCAGUGCUGUCAAGCCUAUGUGGGUGCCCUUUCACUCCACCCUGUCCUCUGAGGAGAAGCUGCCCUUCUCCCUGCGUCUCAUGAAUGAUGACUGGAGUGCUGAGAAAGCCUCCAGCAUAUUUCAACUGGGAGAGGUCCUCCACUUCCAAGCUGGUGUCAACACAGAGAACCACGCACCUCUGAGGCUCUUUGUGGACAACUGUGUGGCCACCCUGACCCCAGACAGGAGUUCUGCUCCCCAGUAUGCUUUCAUUGACUUCAGUGGGUGCAUGGUGGAUGGGCAACUGGAUGAUGCCACCUCAACUUUUAUAUCCCCAAGACCCAGGCAAGAUGUGCUUCAGUUUGCAGUAGAUGCAUUCAGGUUUGCAGGAGACUCCAGCAAUCUGAUCUACAUCACCUGCCACCUGAAGGUCUCCCUGGCUCACCAAGCUCCUGACCCUCUGAACAAGGCUUGCUCCUUCAACAAAGCCAGCAACCUCUGGGCUCCUGUGGAAGGCACCCAGGAUGUCUGCUCUUGCUGUGAGAUGAGGAGCUGUGGUUUGGCUGGGCACUCCAGGCGGCUCCAUGCUCCCUCCCAAAGGCAAGGAGGCCGUGUCCAGAGAGAACUGCCCUCCCAGCUUGAUCCCUUGGUGAAAGAAGCAGAUGUUGUGGUUGGACCUCUCUUCAUACACGGCUGGCAGAAUCACCCAGUUAGGAGGAUGCCUUCACAAGGUAGGGGCAAACCCAUAGGUCUGGCUGCAGUUGCUGGUGUGGUCAUCCUGAUACUUGCUGUUCUAGGAGCUCUGAGUGUCUGCCAAAAGCCCAGCAUCCCUGUUUAA